AUGUCGGGAACCGUAAGUAAUAUCCAAAAUAGGUCAUCUGCUGUUUCAGGGCUCGCUGAGAAGGGACCUCCCACUGAUGCAUUGCCCCAACCAGACCCACCCAACUCCAAACAGGGGGGUGCGUCCUUACAGAGCACUGGGAAAGUACACGCCCAGAUCCAGGUACGGGUCAGACUGCUGGAGUUCCUGAGUCAACACAGGCCGCCAGUGGUCCCCAGCCGUUCCGCCCUUCAUACUCAAGGCUUGGUACUCCCUCGUCUGGGGCGUGACAGGGAUCCAACCGCUGCUGGUAUUGUGGAAUGUUUGGACAUUUUGCAAGGGCUUGCCCACGUUUUAUGCCCCUCCCAGCAGGUGGUCCUGGAAGAAACGGAGGCGUCCCUAGAAGAGGUGGAGGUGGAGCCCUGGGUGGCACACGACCAAGACCCUCUCAGUUUUAGGGGGGUCCCGAGGAUCCUGCGGGUAAAGAGGUCGACAAUACAGCUACGCCAGAAUGCCCCAGGGACUAACAAGCAGCCCAGCGUGAGUCAGGAUCUACAGGAGCUGGAUUUGAGCGGCGUCCUAAUCCGGCGCCUGGAGCCCCUCCGGUUGUUGUCCCAGAUAAGUACAGCUCUUGGGAGUGUGCCCAGGAACAACGCCGAGUGUGUGAAGAGGAAGCGUUCAAGUCUACAACGACGAAUGCUUUCUUCGGGCUCCCGAUGUGUGGUGGCAAAUACCGCCAUGGCCCCUCCCACGGUCUACGAGGUGGACUAUAACGCCGCAUACGAGUGUUUUGCCAGCGGAGGAUUUCUCCAGCAAAAUGGGAUAAUGGUGGGGAACACGACGAGCUCGCUGGCAUCAGGCAUUUUUCCCAAGUCACUAAAGAUAGCUGCUAUUAAGCCACUCCUAAAGAAAAGGACUCUAGACGCCUCUAUAAUGAACAAUUAUAGACCUGUCUCUAACCUCUCUUUUAUUUCCAAGAUUAUUGAAAAAGUUGUAUUUCACCAGCUUCAUGACUUUUUAAAUGAAAGUGGAAAUCUUGAUAAAUUUCAGUCCGGCUUCCGACCUCAUCACAGCACUGAAACAGCUCUGGUCAAAGUGUUAAAUGACAUUAGGUUGAAUACCGAUUCUGGUCAAGUAUCAGUCCUGGUUCUGUUGGAUCUCAGUGCUGCGUUUGAUACUGUAGAUCACAGAAUCCUGUUGCACAGGCUGGAAAACUGGGUUGGACUUUCUGGAGCGGUCCUUAACUGGUUCAGGUCCUAUUUAGAAGGCCGGAGUUGUUUUGUUACGAUCGGCAGCUAUGAAUCCGAGCGAGUGGCCAUGACUUGUGGAGUCCCCCAGGGGUCAGUCCUUGGACCUCUUCUGUUCAACUUGUAUAUGCUCCCUUUGGGUAAAAUAUUACAAAACUAUAGUAUUAGUUAUCAAAGUUAUGCAGAUGAUACACAACUUUAUGUGUCUCUGUCACCAGAUGACUGCAGUCCAAUAGACUUAAUGUGUCAGUGUCUGGAGCAAAUAAACACCUGGAUGAGGGAGAAUUUCCUACAAUUAAAUGAAGACAAAACUGAGAUUAUUCUGUUUGGUAGCAAAGAGAAGAGGGUCAGCAUUGGCAAACACCUGGAGACUCGGGCUCUUAAAAUUACCAACCAAGUUUGUAACCUGGGAGUGUUGAUAGACUCAGAUCUGACUUUCAGCAGCCACAUCAAAGCUGUCACUAAGACAGCUUUUUACCAGCUCAGAAACAUCAACAGAAUUAAAAGUUUAGUCUCCCAGAAAGACCAAGAGAAACUCAUCCAUGCAUUCAUCUCCAGUAGACUGGAUUACUGUAAUGGUCUUUUAACAGGACUUCCUAAAAAGAGCAUUAAACAUCUGCAGCUCAUCCAGAACGCUGCUGCUAGAGUUUUAACCAGGACUAAGAGAUCUGAACACAUCACACCAGUUUUAAAAUCUUUACACUGGCUUCCAGUCAGUCACAGAAUAGAUUUUAAAACCCUUCUGCUUGUUUACAAAUCCCAGAAUGGUUUAGGCCCAGAAUACAUCUGUGAUAUGUUCAGAGAAUAUAAACCUAGCAGAGCUCUUAGAUCCAAAGACUCUGGUCAACUAGUCCAGGCCAGAGUCCAGACUAAACAUGGAGAAGCAGCAUUUAGCUGUUAUGCUGCAAACAAAUGGAAUAAACUGCCAGUGGAGAUUAAACUUUCCCCAAAUGUAGACAUUUUUAAAUCCAGGUUAAAAACUUUUCUUUUCUCAUGCGCCUAUGCAUGA